AUGAUUACAACAAUCAAAUCCACGUAUCGACUAAUGUCCGCCUACGUGGCAUUGUCAUGCUUAAUCGCAUUUGUUAUUGUUAUAACAAUAUGCCUAGUUAAACAAUUUAUCUGGGAUCCAAUUUUAGCCAAAAAGUUUCAGGUUAUUCGACCAGUUCUUUAUGCUUCAGUUAGAAAAUUGUCCACAACAUUCGUUCGAAAUCCCCCAACCGAAGCAUCAUCAUCAGGUAUUAUGUCCAAAUCAACAUCGAUAACAUGUAUUCGAACAAGUGAACCGCCACAACUAAAAAAAAAUCUCGUCACAGUUACACAAAGUCUUCCGGCAGACAGUCAACAAUCAGGUGCAUUAGAGUGGUCUCGUCAUCAUAAUAUUUCAUCAGUAGGACGACUCGACUCGCCAACCACUACUGUAUUUGACGGCAUGAAAUCUACUAUAGACUAUGCCAGAGACAAACUGCUGACAAAUAACGGAUAUAAAUCGUUUGAUGAUCAAAACGAAGCAACUUUACCCCUUGAUACAUCUGGAGGCCGACGGUCCUAUUCAUCCUUCAAUUCUGUUAAUAACCAACAAGGAUAUACAAAUUUUGGUUCCGAUGUAAUCGAUUCAUCCAUUAACGAUGAAAUAGUCACAGAUGUCAAUACACCUAUACUACAUUUCAGCUGUGAAUAUUAUCCUACAUCGGCUACGAUUCGUUUAAAUAUUCAAAAUAUCCGCAAUAUGAAACAUAUUAUCAAUAGUGCUCAUGUAUCCAUUCGUUUUACAAUUUUACCGUUACAACGUGGAUUAGAACCAUAUGAAACAUCAUUGCAAAAAGUAAAAGAAUUUGUACGAUUCGGUGAAAGUUUUACUAUUCUAAAAAAUAUUACACAAAAAGAUUUACUCAACUAUUCCAUUCGCUUCUGUGUUUAUAUUCACGUGACGGAAACACAAAUCUACGAAUUAGGUGAAGCCAUCUAUCCUAUGACAGAGAAUGAUGAUGCACUAUUUCAAGCAUUUUACAUAGAAAAGUUUUUACCUAUAAGACAAAGAUUCAAGAACGCAAUAACAAUUACUGAUGAUUAUUAA